CGCGGUGCCGCGGGGACGUUGCGCGCCUUGCGCCUAAUGAGCCAAUUUUUAAUAGGAACCAACAGUAAACGAACGUUUCAGUGCAGUGUAUAAAAACAGCAAUUCGCUCACCAGUGCGGUGUAAUUUGAAAAGCUCAAUCAAAAUAUCAAGUGUUUCUAGCAGUGCUAUCAGUAACGUGUGGCUAUAGCUUUUACUAAUAAGUGCUCGAUUCGAAACUUGUGGGGUGUGAUGUGCACAGUGCUUUGGUACUUGUGAAAUGUUUAUCAAAGCGGGGCCGGCAACGGCCGAGCAGGAGCGUCGAGGCUCAGUGUCCAACUGGUUCUCUUCACUACGUCGUGGUGCUGGACGACGUAAACGGGAAGAAUCCGCCGUUCCGACGAAUUAUGGUUCAUUAGGCAGACGCAAGGAUGGCACUCAACCGCGAGGCAAGACGAGAUCUGCUUGGGACCUUACUACUGUCACGAGAAUGCAACUUAAAGAUGAGCUCGGUGAAGUGGUGGCCGAACUGGAAGCGCUGGACGGACAGGAGGAGUGCAAACAGAACAGCAAAGCCAAACAGAUGAGCAUAGGCAGAAAGAAGUUUAACAUGGACCCAAAGAAAGGAAUCGAAUAUCUCUACGAGAACGGUUUGCUGCAGAGGACGCCGGAAGACGUCGCCCAGUUCUUACACAAAGGCGAGGGCCUCAGCAAGACGGCAAUCGGAGAUUACUUGGGGGAGCGGUCGGAGUUCAACGAGGCAGUACUCAGGGCGUUCGUCGAGUUGCACGACUUCACAGACUUAAUACUAGUCCAGGCGUUGAGACAAUUCCUAUGGAGCUUUCGGUUGCCCGGGGAAGCGCAGAAAAUAGACCGAAUGAUGGAGUGUUUCGCUCAGCGGUACUGUCAACUGAACCCGGACAUAUUCACGAACGCGGACACGUGCUACGUGCUCAGCUUCGCGAUAAUAAUGCUCAACACGUCGUUGCACAAUCCCAGUGUGAAGGACAAACCGGCGCCGGAACAGUUCGUCGCCAUGAACAGGGGCAUCAACAAUGGAGGAGAUCUACCACAGGAACUGCUCUUGUCGUUAUACGAGUCUAUAAAGACGGAGCCGUUCAAAAUACCGGAGGACGACGGCAACGACCUUAUGCACACGUUCUUCAAUCCAGACAAGGAGGGCUGGCUCUGGAAGCAAGGCGGAAGAUACAAGUCAUGGAAGAGACGGUGGUUUAUAUUGAACGAUAACUGCCUGUACUACUUCGAAUACACGACGGACAAAGAGCCCAGAGGCAUCAUUCCAUUAGAAAACAUAUCGGUCCGCGCUGCGAGCGAUAGACAGCGGCCUCAUUGCCUAGAAUUAUACGCGAGCGGGGGCGCCGAUCUCAUCAAGGCGUGCAAGACUGACAGCGAGGGCAAGGUGGUGGAGGGCAAGCACACCGUGUAUAGAAUGUCAGCAUCUACGGCGGAAGAGAGAGACGAAUGGAUCGAAUGUCUCAGACGAUCUAUCAGCCAUAAUCCGUUCUACGAUAUGUUAGCGCAGAGAAAACGUAAAGCUCAACACAAUGCGCAUGCGCCGCAUUAGCGCCGCAAAAUGCAGCAAAUUUGCCGCAAUUAAGCCGCAAAUGUGAUACGAUAUUGGCACAGCGUCCUUGCUUCUACACACUUUAUUUGAUAGGUAAUUGUCAAUACUGUAACGUGUAAAAAUAUGUAUACAUAUUCUAGAUUUCAAUUUUUUCUCAUUCAUUGCAAAAAUAGUGCUUUAUGGUACAGACAGCCACACGUCAAGUUAUACAACAAACUGUAAAUUUUCUCAAUAUAUUGUGAAUCUUAAAUCAAAGUAAUAUAGACCUCGAAGUCAGAGAAAUUCGAAUUUUUAGAUAAUUCGAACUAUGGCUGUUCAUACAUAUUUUUACACGUGAUUGUGUCAGUACUGUUGCCCGUUCGUUUUAACACCAACAAAAACUGCAGAAGUUAAAUUGAUUUUUGAAUAAUGGUAGGUAG